UACAACGAAAGGAACGACGUAGAACGUCGAUGACGUUAAAGGCAACGCAGACGGCAGAAGCAAAAAGUACAGCAAGACCAGUGACGAAUAAUUGUCCGUGCAAAGGGCAUGAGGAAUGGUGGAAAGCAAAAGUUAGGGGACAAGGCACGAAAGCUUGCUUCUGGGAUGGUUCACCAAGAAAAACUCGCUGAACGAUAGAGGGUCAAAUGUCAAGGAAACAAGGGGGUAGGAGGAGGACAGAGGGCGGGGACCAACGCAGCGUGCAAAACGAAAAGCUCCCGCGGAGGUUCGCGCAUACUCGCGGUCAGACUGUCUACAGGACUACAGCUUCCUUUCGACAUUGCGUUAUCCUUAACUACGCAAGUUACGUUUCUGUCAUCGAAGACAAAGAUCGCACCACCGGAACAGCGGAAUGCAUCGAAGGAUCGCAAUAUUGUUCGUCGCUUUAGUCUUUAUUGCGACAGUUCAGUCAGAUAAUGUCCUGAAAUGUUAUAUGUGCACUUCGCUAUCAAACGAAGGAUGUGGUUCCGAACUGAAGACAAACUUGGUGCAACCAGUAGAAUGCACUGGUCAAAAUAUGUUGGAUUGGCAAGGAAUCAUUAAACAACAUUAUGUCCUUAAUUCUAUCGUUGGGCUUUACGAAGUUGCUGAUCCAAUCCAGCACUAUCAAAGCACUCAGGACAUGGCAUGCUCCAAAAUGACCAUUAAUAUUGAAAAUCAAGAUGUUAUCAUAAGGACAUGCCAAACAGCUAAAACGGAAAUCAUUGAUCCAUGCAAUAUUAUGAAAGUAAAACUAAAGGAUCAUCAUCAUAUAGAAAUGACCAAAUGCGAUCUUUGCCCUACAGAUGCCUGUAACAGUACGACGAUUGUAUCUCCUGAUAUAUUGUAUAUUCUUUUAUCGUUUCUUGGCUCUCUCAUUCACGUUACUUUUUAUCGCUUGGCAUAACCUUGAUAGUUUUAUACGCUCCACCAAAGUAAAGAACGUAAUAUAAUGGAUAUUAGUAGUUGUUCAGCGUCAAUAUAUAUGUAUGUAUACUCUCUUUUUAUAAUUGUAAAUUAACCAGUUAGCUUUUCGAAUAAUUAUAUAGUACAUAUACGUACAUAAUAUAUAACAACGGCAAUGAGAAACAAAUAUAUAAUAUUUGCAUAUAUAUGUACACAUGUAUAUCAUUGAUCGUUUUCAAUAAUACACUGUAGGCUAUUCAUGUCGCAAAAGCAAUUAUAACGCAUACACAGACUUAUCAUAGAAAUGUAAAAGUAAACAACGUGUAUAUUUGUAUUACGCGUAUAUAGGUAUAUUUGCAUUACACAUGUAUAUUUGUAUUGCGCAUAUAUAUCUGCAUAAUAUUUGAUUAAAGUUCAUUAUGAUAAAUA